CAGAUGAAGCUGUAAGCUUUACCGGUUGUUGCAGGUUAUUUAUAAAUAAACAUACAAUAAAUCCAACCAAUACUUAGAAAAUCCUUUUUAUGUAAUCAUCCUUAUUCAUCCAAUAAGUAUUUACAAUUUGAAAGUAAAUAUAUAAACAUGGCAGAUGACGGCGAAAAUGUCUCUGUUAUGACUGUUAAAGAACCCUUGGAUCUUAUCAGGCUUAGUUUAGAUGAAAGAAUUUAUGUGAAAAUGAGAAACGAAAGAGAACUACGUGGAAAAUUACAUGCUUAUGACCAGCACUUGAAUAUGGUACUUGGUGAUGCUGAGGAGACAAUUACUACUGUAGAAAUAGACGAAGAAACCUAUGAAGAGGUGUAUAGAACCACAAAACGAAAUAUCCCCAUGUUAUUUGUCAGGGGUGAUGGUGUCAUACUGGUGUCGCCGCCAGUUCGUGUUGGUUUGUAGAUAAUAGAUUUUAAGUGAAGCUAUAUUAAAGGC